AUGUUACUCCUCCUGCUACCUCUCCUACCUCUCCUCGCCACCAUCCCCCACCUCUGCUCCGCAGCAUCUCUUAUCAUCUCCAUCCCACCCUCCACCCAGCUCCCCAAUCCGAACACCCUUCCCCCAUCAACGCACGCAACUCUCCUCUCCGGCGACCCUCAAGUCUCGCCCAUCUCCACGCCUCUCACAACGCGGUCGACGAUCGAAUUCCACAACCUCAGCCUCCCAGCAUCCCCAGCCUCGAGCGCACAAUCCUACCUCCUGACCAUCUCCGCCCUGAGCCAUGUCUUCGCAUGCUACCGCGUUGAUAUCAUCCCCGGCGGCUCGGUCGACGGCGGCGCCGUGAUCGAAGGCAUAUGGAAGACCUAUCCGGGAUCGGCGUGGUCUGACAGGGGGCCGAUACUGGGUGGGAAGGCAGCGCAGGGCGGCGGGGCGAGUGGGCGCGUGGUCAACUCUGCAGGCUCAGGCUCAAGCUCAGAGGGGCCGGCGCCAGAGCAGCAGCCGGGGCAGGAACAGACCGUUCGGAUCGACGCCAAAGUGCUGUCGCGGCGGGAAUUCUACGAGCAGAGAGCCGGGUUCAAUCCGCUGGGCUUACUGAUGAAUCCGAUGGUGUUGCUUGGUGUGGUGGCCAUGGGGAUUACGUUUGGAAUGCCGUAUUUGAUGGAUAAUAUCGAUCCAGAUCUCAAAGCCGAAUUCCAAGAGCAACAGAAGAACAGCCCCUUAGCUGGCAUGCACAGCGCUCUCCAAGCAGCGGCCAGUGGUGGUGGUGGGAGCACCGCGGGUGGAGUGGGAGGAGGCGGGCCGGCGAGCAAUUUCGAUCUGGCCAGCUGGAUGGCAGGAGCGGGGAAGAGCGCGCAGGGGCAGGGCGGUGUCUCUAGUAGUGGGGUGGAUCUUAGGGAAGGCGCGGGGGCGAGGAAAAGAUGA